AUGCCACUCCCCACGCUCCCUUCUUCGCUAUUGUUUCAAGUGUCACUCCUUCUCGCCCAGAUCACACACGUCGCCGCCGACGCGGCCGUGAUAACUGAUGCCGAGGCCUACAACCGCGGCGACUAUGGCCAGUGGCCCACCCAGGCCUACCACACCUUGAAGAUCAAGACCCCUCGGUGGUUUGUCCACCAUUUUGACCGCGAUCAUGUCAGCCCAGAGACACACCUCUUCAUGGCUCCCAUCAUCCCAGGGCAGAGCCGGACGCCCAUGAUCUUCGAUGCGUCCGAUCUCAGUCUUGUCUACGCCGACCCCAGCUGGGAUGGCGGCAACGAUGCCAAGAUACAGUGGUACCAGGACAAGCCGUACUUGACUUUCUUCUCCGGCCAGGAUUUCACCACCCAUGCCAGCGGCGGUGGCGUCAUGAUUGACAACUCGUACAAGUCGGCCUUCAACAUCACAACCGUGGGACUGCCCACAGGCGCGGACAACCACGAAUUCCAGCUCACGCCAGACGGCGGGGCGCUCGUAAACAACUAUCACAAUAUCGAGAUGAACACCACCUCAAUGGGAGGCCCCGAAAAUGGACUGGUCAAGACAUGUGCCUUCCAAGAGGUCGAUAUCUACACCAAUGAGCUGCGUUUCUCGUGGAAAGCUCUGGAUCACUUCAAAAUCACGGAGAGCCUGGGCGAUAAAUACUACGACGACGUCGGUGGUUGGGACUGGUUCCAUAUGAACGCAAUCUCAAAGACGCCCAAGGGUGAUUAUCUCAUCUCCGUCCGCCAUUUGAAGAUGAUUGCUUUGAUCAGCGGCAAGGAUGGGCACGUCAUGUGGCAAAUUGGUGGUGUCAACAACAGCUUCAAGGAUCUCAGUGAGGGCCGUGCGACCAACUUCGGCUUCCAGCACAAUGCACGAUUCGUGGACGAGACCAUGACCGAACUUACAUUGUUCGACAACCAAGCCAUGCACCCCAAUUCGGAGUCGCCCGGUUGCAAGGAGAGAUGCUCGCGUGGACUCCGCAUCAGACUCGAUUACGUCAACAUGACCGCACAAGUGGUCUCGGAGCUGUGGCAUCCUCAUAGUGUGCAAGCUUGGGCCGAAGGAGGUUACCACCUCUUGCCCAAUGGUCAUGCUAUGCUGGCAUGGGGUGUUGUGCCGUCCUUUACAGAGCACGGGCCUCGGGGGGAGGUCUUGAUGAACAUCCAGAGCGCGGCGUGGAGCACCAUUAAGGACGGUGGCGACCAUAUGUACAGGGUGUACAAGGCCAAUUGGACAGGGACGCCAGAAUGGGGCCCUAGCAUUGCUGUCGCAGACUCGCUCGUGUGUGUCAGCUGGAAUGGUGCCACCGAGGUCAAGCUGUGGGCGUUGUACUCCGGCAACAAACGCACCGACGUCAAUGUGCCAGCGACGAUAGUCCACAAGAAGGGUUUUGAGACUUGUAUUACGCGGCCUGCCAAUGCCCCAUUCCUCCGUGCCGAGGCUCUGGACAAAGACGGGAAGUCACUUCGCGAGACUCAGGUUGUCGAGGUUCCUGAAGGUCGGCUAAGGCCCGUCGGCCUGGGACCCCGGCACCACCACCACCACCAUAACCAUGCUCACGCACGUGGUUUUACCCCAUGA